AUACAAUUAUGUCGGUGUCGUGAAAAAAACCAAUAACCAAGUGUUUAAUUUUGCAUUUUUUAAUCAGUUUUUCCUAAUUUCCGUACUGAAAAGUUUACCUUCUUGCGAGAAGUUAAACGGUUGGCUCUAUAAAGUAACUUGUAUAAAGACGUUCAAGAUAAUGUGCAUUUGAUCCAAUUUCACAUGCGAUUAAUCAGAAUUUACUGGUCGACUGACAGUAGAAUUGCGCAAGGUUAAAGGUAAUAUUUUUCAACGAGAGUCCGCGAGAUUCCGCAAGCAUAGUUGCUAUUUUUGGCUCCCCAAUAGUGGAUACGCCGUUAGCUUUGCCAAAAAACGUGACGUGCAAUAGUUAGUCAUAGAUUGGGAUCUUUCCUAGUAUACAACAAUAUACUCCAGGUUUUUCCCGCGAACCUCUGGGGUGGAAUAUAAUUUCCUUCUCCGGAAAAUCUCGAGUUUUCCCACAGUUUGAAAUCGGGGCGAAUCUGGAUUAUUUAUAAAACAACUCAUCGAGUGAAUUUAGUUACGCGAUUCGUGAAGAUGAGUGCCAAAUUACGCACGCGUACUCCGUCGCCUAAGACCGUCACUUUCGAUCCUUCACCGCCAACCACCUUGGAGAGAAAAAAUCAACCUGUAGCGGCCAGGUUUAGAAACCUUAGGGAAUGGGAACAGUACCUUAAUGCUUUACUAGCCGAUCUACAAAGCACAGUGAAUGGCGGUUCAAGCCAGGCUGGAUACGGCUCCGUAAACGCACCCCGUGGCAGACUUACUCCAGCCAGUUCAGUUUCUGAUAUUUCAAUAACGAAACCUCAAAUGAACCGUAUCAACACGGAUACCCAUGGCAAAACGCAACCGGCAUCCGCGACGCGUGGCUACACAAGCGGUGCAUCGAGCGACAGUGGUUCCAAUUACGGAACCCGCCGGACGCCUACAGACAAACGGCGUCCGCAAAAUAGCGGGCUACAGGAUUUGGAUAACCUUCUAGAGGAUUUAAGUAACUGUAGAUUCGUCAACACCAAAAUGUCAGAAAAUGGUGCUAAUGGUAAUGGCGCAGUUGGUGCCACGGCAUACAACGAAAGUUCCAAUCGUUUGGGAAGGAGUCCUGCUGGGUAUUCUAGCUCUAGACCAUCCGAUGCGCAGUAUACCCCCAACCGACCUUCCAGCUCACAAAGUAUUCAUAAUCGCCAGCCCGUGGACGUGCUGGAUGAAUUUGAUCAUCUUGAUCAAGGUGAUGUCAUCUACACUGGUCCGAAAAAAGUAAUAAUAACCGUAAAAGAAACCAAAACUGAAACUGGAUUUCCCGGGGAAACUGAAUUAAUAUCAGCGCAAACUACAGCUUCGUCAGCUACAAGAGAGCUUGAUGAUUUGAUGGACAGUUUAUCUAGCAUGAAACUCCAGCAGGGCCCGCAACAGCCCAUAAGGGAAGAAAACGUUCGACUCGUUAAGGCCACUCAAUCACAAGGAGCGCCGAUCCAACAACCAGCCAAUUUAAAUUCUAUGCUCGACCAUCUUCAGGCAGAUAUGAGCCGUCAAGGAGUCAACACCAGCCAAAAGGGUAACUGCAAUGCCUGCGACAAACCCAUUGUAGGUCAAGUAAUCACCGCUUUGGGUAGAACCUGGCAUCCAGAGCAUUUUACUUGCUCCCACUGCAGGCAGGAAUUGGGCACCAGGAACUUUUUCGAGAGGGAGGGCAAACCCUAUUGUGAAACUGACUACCACAACUUAUUCAGCCCUAGAUGUGCUCAUUGUAACGGACCUAUUUUGGAUAAAUGCGUUACUGCGUUGGAAAAAACCUGGCACGUGGAUCACUUUUUCUGCGCCCAAUGUGGUAAACAGUUUGGAGAAGAUGGUUUUCAUGAACGUGAGGGCAAACCCUAUUGCCAUGAUGACUACUUCGACAUGUUUGCCCCCAAAUGUGGAGGUUGCAGCAGGGCCAUUAUGGAGAAUUACAUUUCAGCUCUUGGCAGCCAAUGGCAUUCCGACUGUUUCGUUUGCAAGGAAUGCCAUCAACCCUUCAUGGGAGGUUCAUUUUUCGACCACGAGGGUCAACCCUUAUGUGAAAUACAUUACCAUGCGAAACGUGGCUCCCUCUGUGCUGGCUGCCACAAACCCAUAUCAGGACGUUGCGUUACAGCGAUGUUCAGAAAAUUUCAUCCGGAGCAUUUCGUCUGUGCCUUUUGCCUGAAACAACUCAAUAAGGGAACUUUCAAGGAGCAAAGUGACAAACCGUACUGCCAUAUGUGCUUCGAAAAACUUUUUGGGUAGGAAAAGUCGUUCAACCUAAUAUUGAUAAAUAUGUUAAGUUCGCGAAAUGUGGAUAAAUAUAGUACCUGAAGAUCAUUUAUCAAUAUACCCCACCAUCGAUGCAAUAAAGAGGAAUUCUUUAUCUUGCAGAACAUGAAAUUCACCACCGAUAUCGCAAAAUAAUUUUUUAAUUUUUUUUUUUCGUCUGGAAGUGCAUGUUAGUGUAGUCAAGGUUAAUUUUACAAUUUUUUCUAGUUUUAUCUGUGUGUUUGUGCUAUAAUUUACUGUGUGUUAAUGAAUUCAUUAGAAAGGACACUGUAAAUUAGAUCAUUCAAAGUAUUGUUGAUGACUCAACGAGUUAGAGAGAUUCCUCUGUUUGAUUUUCCUAAUUUAAUGGAGACUACUGACAUCUAUUGUUCUGUAGUUUCUGUUGCUUUUUCGCAAGAUCUGCAGUGGUCUUUUCCGAUUUGCCUAUUGCUUUUAAGUGAUAUUUUACCAGGCAAUGCCCAGUCAGCAUACUGACGACUGUUCUAAUGCCUCUUCAUGUCAAAAAGAUGUUCAGAUCUCUUCGCUGAGAUGGAUAUGAAUCUUUUUGCCUGUCUCAGACCCGGAAUGGAUCUCCAAUGAGCUAGGAUUUUCAGUGUUUACUAGCUUUGUUAGUGAACAUCUGAGAGUUUACUGCAGUUAAAAAACUCAAAAUUGUAGUUACCUAUAACGUAGCGAGUGCGUUGAGUGCUCGAUCUUGGCAAAUAUAGUCAUUGCCAUUGCCAUCAUAGCCAUUCUGUUUCCGUCCAUGCCUGAGAAUAUAUUCUUAGGUCUAACAGUUCAAAGGGUACUUAUUCCCGUAACAGGGGAGCAGCGUUCUCACGGGAAUGCAUGUUCUUUCUUUUCGUCAAUAUACACGCAUACCACAGAUCAAACAUUCUAAUCAGAAUGCUAUUCCGCGGUUUCCAGAAAAGACGUCCUGAAAGAGUGUAAAAUGUACAUUCCCCAUUCCAAAGGUGGCACCAUAGAAACAGCAUGGAGAUAACAAUACUAAAGUUGUUUGUUUCAAGGUGGUAGAUAAUGUUUCAGUGAAUAAAAAACGUUCGACCUUUUUUGGUUUAUUAUCACGUUUUGAAAGUCGUGUAUCGCAAGCUAAGGAACGACUAUAGAAAGAUAUAGGACAUUCGAAACGUUGCCACAAUAAAACAAAAGUCCAAAGUUUUGUAUUCAUGGCUAAAGUUUUUGUGCAAAGGAUGAAUGAUGACCUGGUAUGGAAGAAAUAAGGAAACGCUUACGUUUAACUAUAGGUUCCGUCUUCUCGAAGAAGCGAAAAUAGGUGACGAUUGGACAAAAAAAAACUUGCAGCUUGUCUUCAAUCAAUUGAAAGAUAAGGGCCGAUAGCUCCUCAGUAUUUCUAAGAAGGAUCUGCUUCUUUCUGUCUAUAUUUUUCCACAUUUUUCAUCAUAUCAAAUAAAAUAAAACUUAUAUUAUUACUAACAAAAUUUGCUAUUUAAUAGUAAUAUUAUCGUCUUUAACAGAAUGCGCACUUUAUAUGCUCUAUAUUCUGCAUUCUAACAAAGUUACCUGAUACUUUUAGUGCUCUUCUACACUCAUCAAAAAAGUCUAGGGAACAAGAAAUAUUCGUCUUUUAAUUUUUAGACAGAAUAACUUUUUUCAAAAAGAUACCAUAUGGGUAUUUGUUGAACAAAUCUUGUAAAAUUUAUCACAUCGGCUUUUUCAGCAGGCUUUAACAAAAUUUAAAAAUCUUUCAAAAGUAUAUUUUGUUCAAUUUAUAAAUGUAUUCAGUUGCAUCUUGUUCCCUAGACUAUUUUGAUGUGCGUAUUUAAUAUUAAUUAUUAAAAUUAUCAUAUUUUACUGUGCUUAGAUUGUAUUUUUGCAUAUUCUACAACGAGAAGCUUCAUGCUGGUUGUUAUCUCGAUAAUUUAUAUCUAAUUAUUGUUAACAUUUUAUUUUUAUAACAAUACUUUUUAUUAGAUGUUUACUAAUUUUAAUAUCUAUUUUCUAAAGAUCUUGAUGUAACAGUGUGAAAAAUAAAUUUGCCUACAAUGGGAGGUAUUAUUUUGUAGUUUCAAUAAAUCUGGCACGUGAAAGUUUUGGCAAUAUUAUUUUAUUAUUUUUUUUAAUUUUUGAUGCCUUCUUCAGUGCAAGAAUGGCCAAAAAAAAAGUGGAAAGUGUUCAGGGUGCUUAGGGACUGAACAUACUAAAAGUCCUUACGUCUAUGGCAUGAGCCAAACAAAGAAGGACGAAGGGGGGGGGGGGAGAGUAAAAAGUGGUUCUCACGUUUGGGUUAGUUUAGGUGUGACCUGUUUACCA